AUGCCAGUACGCCGCCCACGAGAGGAAGAAGAAGAAGUCAGAUCCAAGAACAUGCCACUGGAGAUUCAUCAGUACUACAUGUGUGCUGCAUCAGUGUCACAUGUUCCUAUGAUGCAGAAGCAGAUAAAACAUGCAAAGCGGCACACGCAGCGAGGGUUUGAUGAGCCAAGCAGAUAUGGGGCACCGCCUGGUUGGCCACCUAACAUUGAAGCUUACGUUCUGCCAAGGCUAGAGAUGCGCUUUGAAACUUUCAAAGAAGUAAAGGACUUCUACAAUGUCUAUGCAAAGCACGCAGGGUUUGCUGUUAGGGAAGGCUCCAAGGUUGAGACCAGAGUCUACCUUUAUUACACGUGCUAUGGAGUCUAUGAAUCGAAGGUGUCAGAAGCAAAUAGACAGCGGAACAAGACGGCAGUCGGGACUAACUGCGGGGCUAAAAUGAAGUUGAAGAGGGAAAAGGAUGGAACACUUGUUUUCAAAGGCAUUGAACACGCGCAAAUCAUGAGCAUACUGGGCGGCGAUGACCCCAGUAGCUACUUCCUCGAAAUGAAUGCCAAAGACAUGAUUAACAUCAAAGCAAAGAAUUCAAGGAUGGAUGAUGUGGACGAUGUCCUAAAGACUGUCAACUUCUUUAGGGAGAUGAAAGCUAUAAACAGGGAAUUCUUCUGUGACAUGCAACUUGAUGAGUCCGACAGAGUUAAGAACAUAUUCUGGGCGAACGCAAGCUGCCGAGGGGCGUAUCAGGACAUUGGUGACUGCGUAGCGUUUGACACCACAUAUAAGACCAACAAGUACCAUAUGCCACUUGGGGUGUUUGUGGGUACUAACAACCACUUACAGACUACAUUCUUUGGUUUCGCCCUGAUAAGAGAUGAGGAUGCAGAUUCAUUCAGAUGGUUGUUCAAGACAUUUUUAAGGUGCAUGAGAGGGAAGGCUCCUACAUGCAUCCUCAUAGACUAG